AUGAACGCGCUUGUUCGCUCACAUGUGCCGAAUGGUAUACGUCUUAUUGCAAUUUAUAUUGCUGAGGCACAUUCACAAGAUGAAUGGCCAGUUGGUCAGACAAUUUCAUGUGUUGAUCAACCAAAAACAUUUGAACAACGACUUGAAAAUGCUCGAAGAUUUAAAAAAGAUUUCAAUUUCGAAAUGCCUAUGUUUGUCGAUGAUAUAAAUAAUACUUUUCUUAAUACCUAUGGAUCAUGGCCAUUUCGUUUCUUUGUCAUUUAUGAAGGUAAAUUAAUAUUAAAAGCUGAACCUGACAAGGAAACAUUUACUUAUGAUAUGAAUGAAAUCGAUAAAUGGAUUACAAACUUCUAUCAAUCACAUACUUAA